AUGGUGAAAUUGAUAGAAUUUCGAAUACAUUUUACUACUUAAUUUGGAAAAGCUAUUUAUUUAACAGGGGAUUCAGAUAUUUUAGGUAAUUGGAAUCCAAAUAAGGCUAAGCGAAUGAAUUGGUCAGAAGUAACUAUAAUAUUUAUAUAUUAAGGGAAAUAUUUGGAAAGUGGAUAUAUUAUUACAUAAUUUUGAAUACAAAUAUUUUGUUGCAGACUAUGAUACUCCUUCUAAUAUAAUUUGGGAACCUGGCCCUAACAGAGUUAUGUUCCAAAACUAAACUUAAAACUUAAGUAAAUAAUCUAUUAUAAGAAUAGAAACAUUGGAUUUUUGGAAUUAUAGAGAAGUUUAACUUUAUUGUAAUAAUCCUCAAAAUCACUAAAUUUACAUUACAGGAUCAUCAUUUGGUUUAACCUAAUUCAAGCAAUUCAAAUAAAUGAACCAAUAAAAUGAUCAAGCAACUUUUCAAUUUUUGAUUAAUCCAUGUAAAGAGAGAGAAAUCAAAUUUCAAUGUUGCUUAAAUAAUUAAGAAGAUCUCAAGACAAAUAUAGAAUCAGUUUGCAUUGAUAAUCAAAGUAAAAUAAAUAGUAUAGCAUAGAUCAAUAUUAAUAUAAUAUUAUAUAAAUAAAAUGCAACCAGCUGGAUGUUUUAUUAAGGAAAUUAGAAGAGGAGUAUAAUAGGCAUAUUGAAGAAUAAAGAAAAAUUGAACAAGAAAAAAUUAGAUAGAAGGAAGAAAAUAAAAGAAGGAUUGAACAAGAAAAAAUUAGAUAGCAAUACAAUGAUGAUGCAAAAAAGAAUUUAAAGCAAUAAGAGUAAACUAUUAAAUAACACAUAUAACCUAUAAACUAAUAAACAUAGAUAUAAAAACAAAUUAAUAAAUAACCAAUUAAACAAUAAAUAUAAACAUUAAAUUAAGAAAUCAUUUAAAUAGAUAAUAAUAAAAAUGCUACUAAUAAUUAAAAAUAAUUCUAAAAACAUUAAUAUUAACAAUAAUUAUUAACAAAAUUAAAAGAUUCAGGAGAAGUAAAAGAAAUACCUCAUGUAAAAUAGAACAUUGAAGUUUCAAAUCCUGAAGUAGCACUUUAUGUUUUAAAAGAAUCAUUAUUAAGAGAUUAAAAUAGAGAAUUAGUUUAAACAAAUACAUAAUAUUCAUUUGGAUUUGAUUCAAUUAUAGGAGCAUAUGGUUCAGAUUAAUCUUGUUUAAAGGUUAGAAAUACAAAUCUUGAUUAUGAUACAAUUGUGAAUGACAAUCAAUUAUUAGAAAAGCAAUUAUUAGAAUUUAAAUAAAAAUUAUCAAUUUCACUUAAUAUUUCAAUUGAUUAAAUUGAAAUAUUAGGAGUAUCAAAAGGAAGCUUUGAAAUUAGUUUUUAAAUUACAGGAAAAAAUUCAGAUGAGAUUUAACAAUAGAUUAAAAAUAAACCAGAAGCAUAAAAAUUCUUAAAUGAAUAUUGCAAUGGUUAAGUUGAAUAUGUAGCAUACUUUGAUAAUGCAAGAACUGCUGGAGGAAAUUAGGCAAAAAACUCUACAGGAGUAGCUUUAUCUUCUGAUGAUUUUAAUCCUCAAUUCAAUAUGAGUUGGGAUAAUUUGCCUGAAAAAGAAUAAAGAGGACCUCCCUAUCAUAGAUAUGAUUAUUAUUUUCCCAGAGGUUGUUAUGGACUUGGAUUAAAAGUAAAAAAUUAUGGAAAUGAUGAUUGGAUAAAAAUGGAUGGCAACGCUAAUGAAUGGAGAAUUUUGUAUCAUGGUACUAAAAAUUUUGCUAUUAACUAAAUUGUUAAAAAUAAUUUAGUACCAGGGGGUGGAUAAGCUCAUGCUGCUAGUGAGUGUAAAGAUGAAUUUGGAAAUACAGUUCAUGUUGGGAAAGGAAUUUAUUUUUCUGAUAAAUUAUCAGUUUGUCAAGGAUAUACAUCCCCUGUUUAGGCAGGUAAUAAGAAAUUUAGGGUUUAUUUUAUGUCCAGGGUGAAUCCAAAAAAGAUUAGAUAAAGUGAUUAAAUGAAACCAAUUAAUUUUUUUGUUGUUAAUAACUCCUAAGAUGUAAGGCCAUAUAGAAUUCUAAUUUAGGAAGAGAAAUGA